CCCAUGACAUUUCUCGCGCCAUAUUGAUUGUGUUUUGAUUAAAAAGUUUUCGUUUCCACCGCUUUUCGAUAAACACAAAAUUAAAUUUUGGACUUUUAUGCGAAUUGAUGAUCCGAUAACUCCAUAACGAUAGUAACAUGGGUGUUCCGAAAUUUUUCCGUUACAUCAGCGAAAGGUAUCCAUGUUUGAGUGAACUGAUACGAGAAAGUCAGAUUCCUGACUUCGAUAACCUCUAUCUCGAUAUGAAUGGCAUCAUUCAUAAUUGCUCACAUCCGGAUGAUGGUAACGUCCAUUUCCGAAUGACCGAAGAGCAAAUGUUCCUGGACAUAUUCCAUUACAUCGAAACGCUCUUUCGCUUGAUUCGGCCGCAAAAACUUUUUUUCAUGGCUGUAGAUGGUGUCGCUCCACGUGCAAAGAUGAAUCAGCAGCGCGGUAGACGAUUUCGAUCAGCGAAAGAGGCUGAAAAAAUGGAAGAGGAUGCGAAGAAAAAAGGUGAAACAUUGCCGGACACUGAACGGUUUGACAGCAAUUGCAUCACACCCGGAACGGCAUUCAUGGUUCGUCUGCAGGACGCACUGAGACAUUUUGUCAAGGUGAAAAUCACAACGAAUCCGUUGUGGCAAAAGUGUAAAGUUAUACUCAGUGGCCAUGAAACACCCGGCGAAGGUGAACACAAGAUAAUGGAGUACAUCAGGUUCAUCAAAUCGAAACCUGGAUUCGAUCCGAACACUCGGCACUGUUUGUAUGGUUUGGACGCAGAUUUGGUGAUGUUAGGCUUAUGUUCACAUGAGUUGCAUUUCUCUUUGCUGCGCGAAGAGGUGAAAUUCGGCAGUAAGGCGAAAAAGCCGACUGGCGUUGAUCAGACCAGAUUCUAUCUGCUGCAUCUGGGCUUGUUACGUGAAUAUCUGGAAUUGGAAUUCGCAAGAAUCAAGGACAGUGUCCCGUUCGGGUUUGAUAUCGAGAAAAUUGUCGAUGACUGGAUUCUGAUGGGAUUCUUCGUUGGCAACGAUUUCAUUCCGCAUCUUCCCAACUUACACAUUAACGAGAAUGCGCUUCCGAUCUUGUACGAAACAUAUAUGGAUGUGCUUCCGACGUUGGACGGCUAUAUAAACGAAGGCGGGAAGCUGAAUUUGCAGCGAUUGAAUGUUUUCAUGAAAGCGUUGGCCGUCAAGGAUAAGGAAUUGUUUUCCAAUCAACGGAGCAAUUUCAAAGGACUCAAAGCGAAUGAGGCAAACGACGAAACAUUUGGCGUGAAUUUCGAUUCAAUGAGUCUAGAUAUGGACGCUGAUCUAAUGGAGCUCGUUAAAAACUCCAAUGAAAUGUUCGAUGACGACGACGACACCGAUGAGAAUGACGAUGAGAUGUUCGACAAGGAAUUUGAAAUGCAUAAACGGGAUUACUACAUAAAGAAAUUGAAGUAUCCGGAAAUGACACCGGAGGUCUUAGCCGAACAGACCGAAUGCUAUAUCAGAGCAUUGCAGUGGACACUAUUCUACUACUAUCGGGGAGUGAAGUCAUGGGGAUGGUACUAUCCACACCACUAUUCGCCAUAUAUCAGCGAUAUACAAAAUUUUAGCGAUUUAAAAUUGGACUUUGAAAUGGGCAAACCGUUUUUGCCAUUCGAGCAAUUGUUAGCUGUUCUGCCAGCGGCGAGCCGAAGCCACUUGCCCAGUGCUUAUCACAAUCUGAUGAUGGAGGAGAACAGUUCGGUGAUUGAUUUUUAUCCGAAAGAUUUCGAUACCGAUAUGAACGGCAAGAAACAGGAGUGGGAAGCCGUUGUGCUGAUACCAUUCAUCGACGAGAAACGUCUCCUAUCCGCAAUGGCUGAGUGUCACAGCAGUCUGACCGAUGCGGAAGUUAAACGUAACGUUCAUGGACCUAUGCUUUGCUACGAAUUUUCUACCAAAGAUUCUGGUAUGUUGGACUCUAAAUUCGGACUGUCAGCUGUAAGAACACUGCAGUGCAUCGAAACACCAAUCUAUAGGGAUGAACUGAACGUUGCAGAAGCGAACUUAGUUUUGGGUCCAUCGGCAGGGUCAUUGCGAGAUGUUUAUUUUCCCGGAUUUCCUACCAUGAAGCACCUGAAAUACACGGGUUCACGGAAAUUCGCACGCACGCGAGUGUUCGAUCAACCGAGUCGAAACGAGAGUAUGAUCGUUCAAUUGGAGCCACAUCCGCCAAUUACCAUUCAGGAUGCAGCGGCUAUGCUAUUGGGAAAAGAGAUAUUUGUUGGUUGGCCGCAUUUAAGCGAGGGCAAAGUGAUAAGCGUGAUGGAUGAGUCAACCACGAUUUCAACAAACGGAUGUCAAAGCGACAAAAAGGUUUUCAAUUUUAAGUCGAAGACCGUCAUUGAUCACUACAUGAACCGUAUGGGCAUAGAUCUUGGCGACGUAACGAUUUUGGUGUGCGUUGCACCACUACGUAACCGCGAAUAUACUUACAGUCAACACGGGAAAAUGGUUCUGAACAAAAUGUGGGGAGAGCCACCCGUAUUCUAUCCGAUACAGUCAAUCGUUAAAGACAUUGCCGUCCAUGAUCCUCACUAUGUGCAGCACAAGAACGUUGUUGACAUUUUCACCGUUGGAUCGAAAGUAUUCAUGGCCGAUACGAUGUAUGUGGGCAGUAUGGGCAUUGUAACCGAUCCAACGCCAGUAAAAGACUGCGGUCGCAUUAAAUUGACCAUUGAAUAUUACACCGAGCCGGAUCUAGAACCGGUGAAACGAUUGCAAGAGGAAAACGCUACGAAUUUCAUCAACUCGUAUAGUGCAUCGUCGUCCAUUGGUAUGCAUUCGAGUGUGUUUUCUCUGGUUACAGGCAGCCUCAUUGUGGUGAGAGGCGAAAAACGGUUCCCAUUGCCCGACAAUACUCCGAAGGCGAACAUUGGUCUUCAGUUGAAAUUUCCGAAGAAGAAUGAAGAAGUGGUCGGAUAUACGAAGAAAGUGGGCAAUCAAUUUAUGUAUUCGAAGCGGGCCAUUGAAUUGGUGGAACAGUACUGGCAACGAUUUCCCGAUAUUUUCAUGUAUCUGGGCAACAAUCCACUCAACGACCAGUUGUUCGAAUCGGUUCUGUUCCAGGGCAAGGUGAGAUAUCAGACAGGAGUAAUGGAUGAAGUAGUGAAAUGGAUUAAGGAGCAGCCAUACUUUAGCGCAUCGACGAAACGGUCAUGUGGUUCCAAUGGUUUAGAUGAAAUGGCUAUGAAAAUGGUCGUUCAGAUGGUGAACGUGAAUCAAAAAUCAGAGUACAAAAACAUAAAGCUUCAAGCCAAACCGCAUUUGCUGUUGAAGCCAGGACUGAACACACCGAAUCCCGAAGCCAAUCAUAAUUUCAGAGUUCUCGAUCGAGUGGUUGUGGUCAGCGAAACGUUUUCGGUGCCACUGGGAUAUAAAGGUACAAUAACCGCCGUUCAUACCAUCACCGAUCCGAAUCCAGUUCGUUUGGAGAGCGUACGGAAAACUGACGUACUGUAUGAAGUGUUAUUCGACCGACCUUUUGACGAAGGAAAUACGGUGGAAAAUGUUGCCGAAAAGCGGUUUUUCAAUGUUCCACCCAUGCAUUUGCUAAACAUCACACAUGGUCUGAAGGCGCACAAUAUCAUAAAGAAUGCAGAAAGUGUACAGCCGGCGAUGGCUAUGGACAAGAAAAACAUUUGGGAGGAGCUGAAACGAAGCAACGAAAAUAAGAAAAAUAGUUCAAAUGUCAAUGCGGUAGCAGUGGUGGCUCCGCAGCUGAAAAUCAACAACGUAAAUCAGCAAGUGAAUAGCAAAACAACCGUCAAACAACAUGACGAAUCGGACGUUUUGCGUAAAUUGCUGAAAAUUCAACAAACCAAUCAAACCGAACCGACUGUGAUACCGACGACUGUUAAUCACGAAAAUUCGACGAAAAUAAAUGUCAGCGAUUUAUUCCGUGUCGAUCCAGCCCAUCCGCCAAAACCGCCGCUCAAUUGGCACAGCCAAAAAUCGAAUCGAAACAAAGUAUUUCCGCAGGACGAAGUUAGUCAACCGAAAAGCAACAGCAAUUUUUAUCCGCCAACAACGACGAAACCCAAUUACAUCCAUCAUCCCAGACCGAAUAGUGCCGCUCAUCGGUCGCCCAUUCAUAACGACGUUAACUUUAGCUUAAGUAAUCAGAUAUUACCUCCGCAAGGUCCUCGUGGUCCACCGAAUCUCGGCAAAUAUGUUCCCGGUCAUCACGGCGCAUUCAUACCACUACAAGCGACUCGGAGUAUUACCAAGUCCUCGAAGGAACCAGAUAAUAAGACAUCCAAGCCUAAAGCAGAAAAUAACAAUUUGAACAUAUCGACCAAUCAGCCAUUGGUGACCGGACAAGUGGAUAGUGGAGCGAAUGCGACGAAAAAAUCGCAAGCCCAGCAACGGCAAUCGAAAAUGCGAGUGGCUGCCAAUUUCAACUUCCCAUCAAAGGACUGAAUGUGCGGGUGGAAAGGUGGAAAGAAAUUUCGUUCGGGUGUACUACAAUAGCAUGAAAGUCUGACCGGUUUGGUGAUUUUGACUUUUGGACAGUUUUUUGUUCUUCAAAAUUUAACUUAAAUUACAAAACAAACGCCGAAAUUUCAAAUAAA